GUACUUCGGGAUAUUCAAAAUGAGGAUGGGUCAACUUCAAAAAAAAAAAGGAAAUCAGAUUAUCCUAUAUUAACCAUGGACGCAUACUAUGACGCAAAAGAAGCCAUUGAUAAAGCUAAAGAAACAAGGGCCAAUAAAUCGCUGAUCAAAUGGAUUGUGUAUUCCGGUAUCUUAUUUUCUGCCUUUGAUUCUCCUUAUUUUGAGGAUUUUACAAAGUUAUUAAACCCAGGGUAUAAUUCACCUAAGAGAGCUACGUUGGCAACAUCAAUUUUGGAUGUAGAAGCAGCGAAUAUAACACUAAAAAUAGAGAAAGAACUAUUGAAAUCUAAAAAUCUAACACUGUGUGUAGACAGUUGGUGCAGUCUAUUAAAACGUAGCAUAUAUGCCUUUGUGAUAAUGACGGAUGAGAAAAAACAAUAUAUUUAUUCUUUACGUGAUUUUUCAAUGUCCUCUCAUAUGGCAAAUUUUAAUGCUGAAAGAAUAAGAGAAGUAAUAGAAUAUGUUGGACCUGAAAAAUUUGUUGCAGUGGUGUCUGAUGCAGAAUCGGCAAUGACAGCGGCAAAAUGUCUGGUUGCAACACAAUAUCUGCAUAUUUUACCUGUUAGAUGCAUUGCGCAUCACAUACAAUUAAUCUCUAGCAAUAUCUGUCGUUUACCUCAUACACGAGCUAUUCUUUCUAACUGUCAAACAGUUAUAAAGUUUUUUAGGAAUUCUUAUAUUGCUGGUGCUACCCUUAAUCAAGAAAUUAUAUCUACUUUCACUGUCGGUAGAAAUUUAAAAUCGAGCACUAAAACCCGGUGGUCAACAGUAUGGGAUUGUUGUGAAUCAAUUAUACGCAAUGAAGGGAACAUUAAAUCG